AUGGGAGACGGCCGGGCCCGAGAGCACUGCCAAUGGGAACCGGCGGGCGGAGGCGCGCUUCUCUUCAAGGAGCGUCGGGGCGCGGCGUCGGGGGAACCCAGCGCCUGGGGUGGCGCAGCGUUCGGGCGUCGCGCCACCGUGUCCCCGCAGGCUGAUUUUGAAAAGGCGGCCAAAGACAUGAGGAAGCUGAAAACCAGGCCAGAUGAUGAGGAACUAAAAGAACCCUAUGGGCUCUACAAACAAUCUGUAAUUGGAGAUUGUCCAGGACUGUUAAAUCUAAAAGGCAAGGCUAAGUGGGAAGCUUGGAACCUCAACAAAGGAUUAUCAAAGGCAGAUGCCAUGAGUGCCUGUAUUUCUAAAGCAAAAGAGCUAAUAGAAAAAUAUGGAAUAUAG